AUGGGUGUGACAGGACUGUGGCAGAUCCUACAGCCCUGCGCGCGGCCCAUCAAGAUCGAGACACUGAACCGCAAGCGGCUGGCCGUAGACGCCUCCAUCUGGAUCUACCAAUUUCUCAAAGCCGUGCGCGAUAAGGAAGGAAAUGCCCUGCGCAACAGCCACGUUGUCGGCUUCUUCAGGCGAAUAUGUAAGCUGCUCUUCUACGGCAUCAAGCCGGUGUUUGUCUUCGAUGGCGGAGCACCGGCCUUGAAGCGCGCCACUAUCACCGCCCGUAAAAGGCGACGAGAAGGACGACGAGAUGACGCAGUACGUACGGCAGGCAAGCUGCUGGCGGUGCAGAUGCAGCGGCGAGCGGAAGAGGACGAGCAGAAGCGGAAGGCGGAGCGGGACCAAGCACCGCAAGAGGAUGAAGUGCCCGACGAAGGCUUGGUGUAUGUGGACGAGAUCCAGAUGAGUGCGCAGGAGAGGCAGCAGAACCGCAAGUUCAGGAAGAGAGAUGCAUACCACCUACCAGAACUUGAUGUCAGUAUGAACGAGAUGGGCGGACCGAACGAUCCAAGAGUGAUGAGCCUGGCCGAUCUCGAAGCGUAUGCGAAGCAGUUCGAGAGCGGUGAGGAUAUCAACGUGUACGACUUCUCCAAGAUUGACUAUGACAGCCCUUUCUUCACGUCUUUGCCGGCGUCAGACCGCUACAACAUCCUCAACGCAGCGCGCUUACGGUCGCGGCUGCGUAUGGGUCACAGCAAGGAGCAGCUCGACUCCAUGUUCCCGGACCGGAUGGCUUUCUCGAAGUUUCAAAUCGAGCGGGUCAAGGAACGUAAUGAGCUUACGACGCGCUUGAUGAACAUCAACGACGGCGACAUACGGUACCAAAGCGGCAGCACCCGUGUUGCUGGCGAGAAGGCACGAGAGUAUGUGCUUGUGAAGAACGACGGUGUUGAAGGUGGUUGGGCUCUUGGUGUGAUUAGCGACGAGGGUAGGAAGCAGGAGACUGCGAUUGACCUUGAUAAGCCGGUCCCGGUGGCGAAGACGGAGAGCAGCGAUAGUGAAGAGGAAGGCUUUGAGGAUGUGCCUAUUGAGGGGCUGAACAGACUUCCGAAGCGUAGAAAGCUCGACAGUGAAGAUGAUAGCGCUCGAGCAAAGCAGAGGCAAGCGUCCCACGAGUCACGACAGCGCACGAAUAAGCGGAGAGCGGAUCGUCCUGUUCCAACGGAAGACCCAGACUCGCUCUUUGUAGCUGAUGUACCCGUCGAUGAAGGCGAGGAGAGCUGGGAGGAGGUUGACGGCAAUGCUGAACUGUUCGGUGAAGCUCCAGACGAAAGCGCCGAAGUAGAAGAGGACGAAGAGCUCCGCCGCGCCAUCGCCAUGUCGAUGGAACAGGAGCAAGAUGGCUCGCAAGCUGAUGGCAAUACGGACGACGAUGCAAAAGCUCGCGAGGACUGGUAUGAAGCCUUCAAGCAGCGCGCAGCCGAAGAAGCAAGACCAGUGCCCAAGGGCAGCGCCAGAGCGAUUGCAAACAUUCUCAACAAGCGUGCGCAUGGUGUCGCGCCAGAGAGUCACGAGAUCACCAGCUUCGGCGUGCCAGUACCGAAGCCUGAUAAUGACGAUGGGAGCGAGGCAGAAGACAGUAUGGAUCUCCAAGCCGCACUGGCGGAAUCACGGCGUGGCAAGCGAAAGGCCUCUCCGCCGCCGAAGCGGCAGAUUGCUCAGGCGUCAAGAGCUGCUCUACCCAAGUCCGCGAACGGGACGGAAGCACCAGCGAAGAAAACAGGCUUCAGUGGGCCGCUACCCUUUGAAUCGCUCGAUCUAGGCAGCAGCUUGCUGGGCAAAAAGAAGAUGCAGCAGCGUACCGAGGAAGCCGCGGGUGGCUUCGAGAAGGCAGGGUUCGACAAGGCUGCGGAGGCUGAAAGAGAAGCGAAGAAGGUGGAACCGCUGCCGCCUUGGUUCUCCGGGAAUUUGGAUGAUGGGCUACAGAAGCAGAGUGAGCUUGAGCGGGAGGACAGGGAGCGCGCGAAAGAGUUCAAUAAGCAGUUCCGGUUCCAAAGCCGAGAUGAUGCUACGCUGCGGAGGCAGGAGACGGGCGAGGUGAUUGAUGUUGAUGCGGAGGAUGAGCGACCGAAGGGCUUCAAGCACGGACAGGUUAUUGACCUUGAGGCUGACGAGACUGGUAGAGAUGAUACCGAGAGACGCCAAGGCGGAGCUCAGAUCGCUGAAGAGCUGACGGGGAAGCCUGUAGACGAUGCAUUGAGGAUGGGUGACAUGGCUGAUGCGGUGAGAGUUGAGCCACCCGUCAGCGAGAUACCGGACCAGGCGAGGCCAAUGGCAAAGCAAGCUCCGGGAGGAGGACCGUUUGCAGAAGAGGAUGACAGUGGGGAUGAAGACCUAGAGCCUACACGACCGUCCGAGCCUACUGCACCAGAUAAGCGGGCAGUCGCCGAGACACCUUAUGAGGAGGAGACACUCGAGUGGAGCGACAGUGAUCGUGAAGACCGUCCUGCAACGAGGCCGCAACCUGCCGACGCCGAACCCGCUGUACAAUUCCAAAGCUCAACAGAUGAACGGCAUCCCGCGAAGUCACCUUCGCCAGACUUUGAGGAUGUGGAUAUGUCCGCAAAGAGUCAAAGACGGGCAACCGAUCCAGCUAUCGAGGCAGAGGAAGUAGACGACGCAGACGCUGGCCCUGUACCCGCCUCUGGCCUGGUAGCCCAACAAUCUGUCCCCGAAGGCGACGAAGACUUCGAUGACUUCUCCGACCCGGAGGAAGAGGCUAUGUUAGCAGCUCUCGCGCAAGAAGCCGAAGAGCACGCUCGCUUCGCUUCUACGCUGAACAACAAAAGCGCGGCAGAGAACAUUGCCGAAUAUGAGAAAGAGCUUAAGCAGCUUCGUAACCAGCAAAAGAAGGACCGCAGAGACGCUGACGAAGUGACUCACAUCAUGGUCACGGAGUGCCAGCAACUGCUGAGACUAUUCGGCCUGCCAUACGUUACCGCACCUAUGGAAGCAGAAGCGCAGUGCGCGGAACUUGUUAGGCUUGGUCUGGUCGAUGGUAUCGUCACCGACGACAGCGAUUGCUUCUUGUUUGGCGGCACGCGGAUCUACAAGAAUAUGUUCAACCAGGCCAAGUUCGUGGAAUGCUACUUAUCAUCCGACCUAGAGAAGGAGUUCGAUCUCACACGCCAGAAGCUCAUAGCGGUCGCCCACUUGCUAGGCAGCGACUAUACAGAAGGCCUACCCAGCGUCGGACCUGUCACAGCGCUCGAGAUACUAGGCGAGUUUGUGAGCCUGUCAGACUUCAAAGACUGGUGGAAUGGCGUACAGAUGAACAUUAUCCCAAAGGAUGUUGACAAGGACAACGCUUUCCGCAAGAAGUUCCGCAAGAACGCCACAAAGCUUUUCUUGCCACCUGCCUUCCCCGACAAACGUGUCGACGUCGCUUAUGAGACACCGGAGGUGGACUCAGACCCUCAACCCUUCCAGUGGGGUGUGCCGGAUCUAGAUGCGUUGCGCUCGUUCCUGAUGGCUACCAUAGGCUGGUCGCAGGAACGGACCGAUGAAGUUCUUGUGCCGGUCAUACGAGACAUGAACAGACGUGCGGAUGAGGGCACGCAAGCGAACAUCACUGCUUUCUUCGACGGUGGCGUCGGUAUUGGCGCUGCCGGCACUAAUAACAAAGGCGAGGCAUUUGCGCCGCGGAAGCGUGUGGACGGUAGUAAGCGUAUGGGCAAGGCUUUGGGCAAGAUGGCGGAGAGGGCUAAGAUUCAGAGAACACUAAGUCGGGCUGAUGGUGAAGAGGAUGGUGGAGCGCCAGUUGUGGAUAUGAGCGCUGUGGAUCUUCCUGAGAACGGCGAGGCUGCGGUCAACGGCCGGGCAGGCACGAAGGCGAAGCGCAAAGCUACGAAACGAAGCGCACCCGCAGCGACAGGUGUAUCUGAUGAAGACAUGAGUCAGGAAGAGGAUGCGCCGCAGAAGGCUAAGAAGAGAACGACGGCGCCUCGCAAAGCUCGACAAGGGCGACGAAAGCAGGCAGUAGAUGACGAGGACGACUGA